AUGUCACGAGUCGAAUCCUCUAACAGCGGCCACCACAGGACUAGUGCAGGAGAUCAGGAGACACGGCACCCUCCAAAAUACGCCGUCUACUUUAGUGAUCUGUACAGCCUGCAGUGCCAUGUUGAACACUCCCAUGGUCAUAAACGUGAGCUUUGUCCAGACUGUGGAAAGUUCAUCAACGGCCAGACUUCGCAUGUCUGUGAUCACAAAGCCAAGCUGUUCUUGUGUCUGACUUGUGGGAAACGCUGCGUCAAUGAGGUAGGUCUCCGUAUACACAGUCAUGUGCACACUGAAGAGUAUGUGCUUUCCUGCCAGUACUGCUACAAGAAGUUCAGGUGCCGGAAAGACAAGCGGGUGCACGAGGAGACCCACAAGGGGGAGAGCCUGAAGUACUGCUGCUCAGAGUGCCCUCAACGGUUUGCGGAUGGCUCCAGGCGAAACGCUCAUCGGAAGACUCACUGGGAACGUGGCCGGUUUUUCUGCAAAGUUUGUGACAAAGGCUUCCCCAAGGCCCAUCACCUCAAGAGACAUGAGGUGAUCCAUACAGGACUGAAGCCUUUCAAGUGUAAGAUGUGCAACUGCUCCUUUAACCAGUCAGGACAUCUCAAGUCCCACAUGCGCCUCCACACAGGGGAGAGACCCUUCAAGUGUCAGGACUGUGGGCAGUGCUUCAACCACAACGUCAGCCUGAAGAACCACGUCCAGCACCACCACACACCAGGACCUGAGGGGCAUUAG